AUGUCGGCGGUCUACUCCAUCUACACGUCGCCCAACCAUGCGCCCAUUCCUAAUCAUCUCCCCACUCUCAUCGUGACGCCUUACGGCCAGCCGCAUCACACUCUCUAUUCCUACAUCCACACCAACUUCAACAAGGAGACCUACCUCCUAACCCCCUCCCCUCAGGGCGACCUUUGUGUCGCCAAGAUGGUUCCUCCCCCCGGCUCCCGAGGCUCGGGUGGCCCAGGCUCCUCCGAAGGUGGUCAUUCGAGUGGUCACGACAACAAAACAGUGCGCUGCGAGGCCUCGCGCAAUCUCAAGUGGUCCAUCACCAAUACCGGCAUCAACGCGCCAGUAUACAAGCUCACUCUCCCAAACCCCGACGCACCUGGCCACGAGCAACCCCUCUUCCAAAUCUCAAAACCAAAUCCCAACGCAACUUGGUGGUCCAUGUUCUACUUCACAUACGCUGGCCACUUAAUCCCACCAAAGCGGAUCGAGUUCGGCAAGAUUCAGAAGAAUGCAGCAGCAGGCAGCGGCGGCGGAGGCGGAACACGCGUCACUAUCGCUGGAAAGACACCAGAGGAGAAGGCAGUUUGGCAGACGCUUGGUGAAGGAAACGAGGACAUGGUCGAGUGGAUCGUACUUUGCGCUUCGCUCAAUGUGCUCGAUGACGAGAUCAUCAAGGCGGCGCAAGGUAGCGAACCAAGGCCAAGUGGUCCGGCUCCAAAGGCCGUUCCUUCCAGUCGUCCGGCCGUAGGGGCUGUUCGUGCUGCCAAUCCUCCAGGCAAGCCCAUCAUGCCCAUUCCGCAGGGCGGUGUCAAUACCGGCUACAGGGGUCCCAGCCAGGCCACCGGUCCUCCUAUGCGUGCUGGCCCUGGCCCGCAGCCCAACCCACAAAUGUACCAGCAGCAGCGCGGAGGUGCGCCGCCUCCUCAGGGCUACCGAGGCCCUCCUCCGGCCGGCCAGCCCAUGCCUAUGCCACAACCGGGUUACGCUCCACCACCUCAGCAAGGACGCGGUCCUGUCCCAGCGAGCAACGGUCGUCGCUUCUAA